UUAGUCGUCGAGUGGAUUCGUAUAUAUAUACUUGAAUAUAUAUAUGCUUGUUUUUGAGAGUCUCAAAAACUGUUUGGGCCCUACAACAACAACAACAACAGCAACAAAAAGAAUAUUAUUCAAAUGUAAUAUGUUUGACAACAAAGUUCCGGGAUUGAAAUUGAAAUUAACAACACAAAUGCUUUAAAUUGAAACGGCAACUGGACAGAGAGAAGAGCGGAAAAGUCAACCUCAUUUUGAAUUUUUAAUAAGCUUCAAAAAGUGUUAAAUGUUGAUGACGUCACCGCUGCCACUGCCGCUGCCUCUGCUUCUGCCACUGUCGCCGUCAGCUUCGAUUAAUCAACAUUGCUGAAAAGUCAAUUAAAGGCUAAACAGCAGACAGAACGCCACGAAUGUCGGACGCCAAAUACGAAAGCCAUUGGCAAACUUGGCUAAAACGUAUUUAACCCAAUAUAAAAGCGAGCGAGAAGGAAGGGCGACUGAGUCGGAGAGAGAGAGAGAGAGAACGAAAGAGAGAGAGAGAGAGGAGAGUGGGCACAUAAUGAGCAGACGACGGUCAUCGGCAAUGGCAAUUACCAUGUCGCCGUCAUCGUUGUUGUCGUUGGUGGUGCUCCUGCUGCCGUUGCUGGCACCGACAAAUGGCCUGGCAAAUUGUCCCAACGGUUGUGAAUGCGAUGACGAAACACUGAAAGUCAACUGUGGUGUGGGCGCACUGGAUGUGCUGCCCAUUGCCCUGAAUCCAUCCAUACAGCGGCUGGUCAUUAAGAACAACAAGCUGAAGACCAUUGACUCAUCGAUGCAGUUUUAUUCGCAACUGACAUUCCUUGAUCUGUCCUACAAUGAUAUGGUCACGAUACCGGAACGUUCCUUCCUGUAUCAUGCCAAACUGCUCGAGCUGCAUCUGAAUCACAACAAGAUUGGUCAGGUGACGAACAAAACGUUUAUGGGCCUCAGCACGAUAACUGUGCUCAAUCUGCGUGGCAAUCUGAUUGCCGAGCUGGACUAUCGCACUUUUUCGCCCAUGGUGAAGCUGGUCGAGCUGAAUCUCGGCCAGAAUCGCAUCAGUCACAUUGAUCCGCAUGCCCUGGACGGACUACAAGAUUUGAGUAUACUCUAUCUGGAUGACAAUACGCUGACAACGGUGCCCGCAGAGAUAACAUUCCAGGCGCUGCCCAGUUUGGCCGAGCUCUAUCUGGGCACCAAUUCGUUUAUGACCAUUCCGGGAGGCGCCUUCAAGGAUCUCAAGACUCUGACGCGCCUGGAUUUGCGCGGUGCGGGCUUGCACAACAUAUCGGCGGAUGCGUUGGCCGGCUUGGAGCGCAUACGCUCUCUGGAUCUAUCCGACAACAGCCUGCAGGCGGUGCCCACAGCUGCACUGCAGCAUCUGGCGCGACUGGAGCAGCUGUCGCUGGGACAAAACGUUUUCGAAGUGAUUGGAACGGGUGCCUUUGCGGGUUUGCGUGAGUUGCGGCAGCUGAAUAUCACCGGAGCACCGCGCUUGCGUCGUGUGGAGAGCGGCGCCUUCACGGACAAUGCCAACUUGGAGCACCUGAAUCUUUCGGCCAACAAGCAGCUGAACGAGCUGCAUGCGAACACCUUUGGGGGAUUCCCGCAUCUCAGCAGCGUUGUGCUCAAGGAGAAUCAACUGAGCUCGCUCCCGGAGACUCUAUUCCCCUGGUCGGAUCUGCAGACGCUGGAUGUGUCCGACAAUCCCUUCGUCUGCGACUGCCAGCUGAUGUGGCUGCGUAAUCUGCUCAUCAGCAAGAAUGCCAGCAAUCAAUACGCUCCCGUUAUCUGCGCCUAUCCGGCUAAUUUGAGGGAGUUGCCCCUCACACAGCUUUCCGAGCCGCUCCUGGGCUGCACCCACGGUGCGGCUAACAACCAGAAGAUCAUCAUGGUCACCCUGGUGGGCUGUGCCGCCCUGAUCACUACCUUGGGCCUGAUGAUCUAUGCGUUCCGUCGUCGCAUUGGCGAACUGUUCAAGGGUCACUCGGCGCUGGGGCGCAAGGAGCGCGAAUAUCAGAAGACCUUCUCCGAUGAGGACUACAUGACGCGGCCGCCAGCACCGGGCUGUGUCGGUGGUGUGCAUCCCGGCUCGGGUUAUCCCUGCCCGAGCAGCUACAAUACCACACAGUAUUUGGGCAGUCGGCCGAUACCUGUCACCGAGCUAUAGCUAGAAGUUCCACCCCCACCUCAGCUGCGGGGUCGGGGUGGUGCCCCAACCAGUCAUGGAGCAUCGCUACAGCAACUCCAGAUCGUGCCCAGCGCUAUCGACGCGCAUGCUCCGUUCGCCCAACUCAGUCACAUUCACUACAUGACCAACAAUCCACUAACCACUGCAUCAUCAGCCGCAAGUUCAGCAGCAGCUGCAUCCACAACAGCAACAACAACUCCUCGCUCCCAUCACUCGCAACAGGAUAUGCGACUGUUGGCCAAUGGCAAGGCACUCGGCUUGAAUGCCUCGCUGCCACGCCACAUGGCUGGGCGGCAGUGUGGGGUGCAGGAGAGCACCCUGUCGCACUACAGCCAACCGGUGGGCAUUCGCCUCACCCAGGAUCACUUCAAUCACAAUGGUGGCGUCUAUGCCAAGCCCUGCGAUGCAAUGACCGACCCGGGCUAUAUCCACAAUAAUUCGCACUAUUCGCUGCCGCUGGAUCACGAUAUGCCGCCCAGUCCCACGCCCACUCCGCCGCCGCCGGCGUUGCCGUUGCGCAAUGGAUUAGGCAUGGCUCUGGUGCAUGGCAACACAACCGGCAGGCGUUCGUUCAACAGCAGCAGCAGCAACAGCAACAAUAACAACAAUGUGGCAACGCUGUCAAACAAUAAUCACAAUGGUCUAGUGUUGGCUAACGGCUGCAGCGGCAUCAACAACAACAAUGGCAGCCUGCGUCGCUAUCACUGAUACACGCUUAAGUCGUGCGGCACUCUUUGCCGCAGCAGCAUGUUGCAGCCGCACACAGCGGACAUUGAGUUGCAUCACUUCUACAAGGGUUGAAUCCGGUUGCAUUGUGUUAUUAUUGUGAACUAUGCAUUAUUUAAUAUUUAUGUGUAUCUAUAUAAUUUUAGUUAAUUUUAUUCAAGCGUGCAGCGAUCUGUAUAAAUUAGCAUUUAGUUGAAAAGAAUUGCUGAAUUGCAGGCGGACAUGUAAAUAGGUACAGCUUGACACUGUUUACCAACACUGUUUGGCAAAUCCCCACAAGUCACCUGCUGCAUUUCUUUUCUUCGCAUCCAGUGAUUUAACUAAUAAGUUUUGCUUACAAUUUUCAAAUUCGUGUAAAUAAUUAAAUGCUAUGCACAAAUUAAGGAAU